AGCUACACAGACUGAGGUGACUGCAACCGCAGCAGAGCGUCGCUCGGCCCCCACGGCGACAGCCUCCAGUGUCGCCGUCACGCUUUCCGCCGCAGAGCGUCGCUCAGGUGCGCAAAAGAGGGCCCACGCAGAGCCCCUGGCUGCGGCCCUCCCAGAAGAACCUUUUGCAUCCCAAUUACCAUCCAAGCAUGCCACACCCGAGCUCAACAUAAGUUGCAACUUAGAGGGAGAAGCUUUUAGUGGUAGAAUGAGACCCUCUGUGCUGAGUGCAGAUUAUGCUAGCGCAGACGUGGUGGAUCCAGAGGUUGCUCUUGUCAACAACCUCGCCACCACCACCCAUGAGUUAGGGGUCCAAACUGGCACAGACUUUUGGGACCAAUGGCGCACCGAUUUUCUUCACUGGGCCUUUCCGUUCAGUUUGCCCGCCCCCGCAAGCGGACCAGACUACCCGCAGAAACCCAAGUUUCGCCGGGUUGCAGACGCACCUGUCUUGGGGCCCAUGCAACACCUGAAACACAUUACCGGUCGAGUGGAAAGCUCCAUUCGCAACUCAUGGGAUCUAGUACCCGGUCUCCGUCGCAUCACUUCAAAAUGGGCUGCAGUGUGCGGGGGUGCUCUCUGGCGAAGGUGGAACACCAAUCGCAAACAGAUUGAACCCGUACCGGUCUCCGAAUGGGUGCGUGCAGCCGAAGGACUAUACCAAAAAUUGCGACGCGGAAAGUAUGUCUCCGCAGACGGUCGCGAACGACCAAUUCAGUAUGACACACGCAAAUUAUUCUUUGCUAAGGGCCUCACCGGACCCGAAAACCAACUGUUGCAAGAUGUGCGAUCCAUGCAGCGCACGAUGCCUGGAACCAUUGAAGUGCGACGUCGUAUUGGUAGGUACUUGUUCGGAGCAAGGGUCGAAUUUGGAGAACCUUUGUUCAUCACCAUCUCGCCAACCAUGAGACACAAUGCACUAUCCUUGAAACUGUCACGCUAUCGCACAGCGGACCCGGGCCGCAGCGCCUGCCCGGAAAGCUUCAAUCCACCCGUGUGGGAAAGCCAUGGAACUGAGAUUGAAAUCCCUGGAUAUGACAUCCGUCGAGAAAUUACAGCUCGAGAUCCUUGGGCUGUAGUCCUUAGUUUCCAAACCAUGGUGCGUUUCAUUUUUGCACAGCUGCUCGGCAUCCGAAUGUGCUUUCGUUGCCCCACUUGUGAUUGUCGAGAUCCACAGGGUUACAGCACACAUCCCACUGGUGGGGUUUUGGGGUUCGUCCGCGCCAUUUGUGGCGCCAUCGAGUAUCAGGCUAAUGCAACACCCCAUUUCCAUUGUAAUGUGUAUGCAGAAAGCAUUUGGCAGGAACCAUUGAGCUGCCUGCUCCAAAAAAUCCAAGACAAGCACAUCGACUUUGGAGCGUUCCAGCACUUCCACGAAUGGAUUCACACCGAACAGCAUCCCCAUCCAGCCGACCACGUGGAGCAAGCAUCCUACUUCGAAAGAGAAUGGCAAGACAACUUCAGCAAGGCUACUCACAAUCUUUUGGGCCAGUGGCCAGAUUUCCUUCGAACCUCAACUGCCGAAAGUCCUUGGCUAGAGACCCGCUCGCCCGAAGGAGACGCCUGGUUGUCCGGAACCAUGACCGCCUUUUCCGUGUGGCUAUUCGGCAACUCUCACACAGCCGUGAACUAUCGGGCGCCGCUUUGUUCGGAGACACAUGACCCCGAGUGUCAACGGAACUGCCUCCAGCAGGCGACCGCCGGAAAGCUGCAACGGCUCAUGCAGCAGGCGGCGCGACGAGCCACCCGCUACUUCACAGGGUACCUGCAAAAGCCACAACCAGUCGGACGGAAAGAACUGCAGCAAGCCGCCAAACAGCUGCAUUUCCUCCACACAAGCACUGGCAAAGAUCCGACCGGGGCCCACUAUCGCAAGGUGGCCAGUCGCGUGUUUGGCGACCUUGAGUUUCGAUGUUCCGUCCGACCAAUCACCGAAGAGUUCACGUUAGCUGGUUUCAGUGAUGGCCAAGAUCCCACAGCUGCCGAGUGUAUCCGUUCUUUCCCGACCGUGCCAUUCAUCGGCAUAGAAUGGCUGACAAUGCUAGACGGCCGGAAGGAACAUCGCCACAAGGUCAAACCAGCCGGAUACACAACCACUGAGAUUAAGUUGUCGGAAGUAUACGGAUGGCGUGGACAGGAUGUCCGAGUGUAUUAUCUGUCACCCUGGGAAUUUGUAAAAUGGUGGACCUUGAAAAAACUCCGGCCGCCACCCAACACAGGGCCUGUCCCGUCCGAGUGCUUAAGCGAGUGGAUGCCAGACCACGACCUCACCUCCGUACCUGAAGAUGGGUGGCAAUUUGGCCGAGACUAUUGCUGGAAGGAAAACAUACCCAGCUCUCUUGCAGAAACGAUCCUGCGGCUGCCAGAACAACCAUCGGUCGCGGCCGCAGCAGAGUGCUAUUUGGAACGACACUCAGAGGCCUUAGUUCCCUAUCCAACCAGCUGCCCACUGCCUCGUCCGGACAUGUCGAAAGAGGACCAGGCGCGGCUACUGAAUGUGUAUCUCCGCCCUUGGACUUUGGACGCCAAUGCCGUGAGCUUGCAUGUGCCACACAUAACAGCUUUGGAUCUGUCCUUUGAAGCUCGCACCGCCAAUAGGCCCACCCACCGUUUGCACACUAAAAUUUCUCCCGGUGCGCGAAACCAUCAGACCUCAUGGAGAGAAUACAUUCACUCCCACAUCGUGUCGCACCAUGCAAAACGAACGAUCCAAAAUUUUUUGGCCGCGGCCGAGUGCUCCCCAGAAGAAACGGACCCAGUAGAAGCCCCCGUAGACCAUCCCCACUCGGAAGUUGACACGUCUUGGGUCGAUGUGGCCACGGUCCAAAAGUUAACCCAAGGCAUUGGUUUCGAGUACUCCAAACGUAGCAAUCCCGCUGUGCAACAAAUUCUUGCAACCUGGGGGACUCAGACACCAGCUCAGCAGAUUGCUUGGAAAGUGAGCCCUGGCAUACCCGAACUCCCGCCCUCCGACACUGCCGAGGCAGCGCGUCGCGCCGCUGCGGCGGAGCGGCCGCCAGCCGUGCGAUGGAUCUAUGGGAAUCUGAACGAGACAGCAGCUGCCGACUGGCUCCGCAGUUUGCAGCAGGCGGAGACAGGGCCCGUGCCCACGCCCGAACAGAGCCAGUUCCUGCAGGCCAUCAUAAACCGCUGCUUAACAGAAACCACCGAAGAACAGACCCAGCGGAUCGGCAAGAGUGAACCCUGGAGAGGGAUUUGCCAUGGAGUCCCCGGCGCAGGCAAGAGUCAAACGUUGAAAUGGCUCCGACGAUUCUUUGAGGAACUCUGCGGGUGGCGCCACCAGACGGAAUUCGUCUAUCUAGUCCCUCAAAAUACACAGGCCGCGCUAAUUCAGGGUAUGACGCUGCAUGCGUUCGCGAACAUCCGCAUCAAAGCCAAAGGCCAAGGCGGCGAACGAGAGCGGGGGCCCGACCAAUUCGUCCAGUACCAACGGUUGCGGUGGCUCGUGCUAGACGAAAUUUCCACAGUCGGUCUCGAAGUCCUAGCCGCCCUCGAAAAAAAGGUCGCCCAAGCCACCCGAACAAAAGGCACUUGGAAGAACAAUGGCAAGGGCGAGGCGCGACCGUUCGGCGGCCUCAACCUCAUCCUGACAGGCGAUCUCUGGCAGUUUCCACCCGUGAAGGCCACCGCCAUUUUCCAAAACCCCUUCGCCGGGGGCACUUCCUGCCAGGUGGCCGGGCUCCAAAAGGUUUUGUGGUCACGCACUGAGUCCGGUAUCCACGCACUCUUCGAGUUGACCACCGAGCAACGUUGCGUGGACCCCUGGCUAAGCCUAGUCUUGAAACAAGCACGCCACGGUUCCAUGUCGCAGGAUGUCUGGUGCUUUCUCCAUGGGUUUCCGACCCGGCGCCCAGGUGCGUGGGACUUCGACACCAAGUCUUGCCUCUGCGGCACGGCUGCCUGCCAGACCCUCCCCCUUGCAUGGGCAACUACUCCACAUCUACCUUGGGAAGAUCGCUUAGAACAAGAAUGCCCCCAGUGCCGAAUCGAAAGACGGCGCAGGUGCAUGCUAGGUCGGGAUCCAAAGUCCGCGAAAUUUGCGGCGCAACCAUUCAUCCACGGUCUCAACGCAGCCAAAUACAUAGCCACUAAUCUCAGAGCUCGUGAAGUAGCAGUUAGCAAACAGCAAACCAUCCUUUGGGUGAUCGCCGCGGACACCCCUCUUUUCCACUUGGACACCGAUGCACCGGCUGAGUUGCAAGCUCGGAAGAGCAACUGGCUGCAGCGGCGUUGGACCUUGCACGAACUUGACAUUGCACGACUCUCCCGCACGACACCCGGUGCAGAACUGGUCCUGGAAAAACUACCCUUGGCGCUCUACGUCCAGAUUCCGGGUUCGACAUGGCAACUACACCCAGCCCUGCCACCUGGCGUCGCGUGCGUCAAACCUACGGUCCAGCAGUGGACCCUGCAGCCAGGGGGCCGCGCGACCAUCGCCCGCAGAGGGUUUCCAGUGGCAUCCGGCUAUUCCGGAACAGCGCAUUCCUUCAUGGGCGCUACGUUGGAAGCGUGCACCCUGGACCUAGGUUUUUGGGACACCGCCCCGUCACGGGAUGCGCAACUCAGCGCAUACAUGUGCCUCUCAAGAGUCAAACGGUGCGAAGACGUUUGUGUGACCCACGCCUUUUCCCCUAACCUAUUUCAAAACGGAGAGCUCACUGGUCCACAUACGUAUUUGGAGUUCCACCGCAAGAAGCUCUCUCUAGCGCAAGCCAAAGCUCGGUUUGAAAAAGAUGCACCCAAGCGAAGACGUCAGCCCGAUGUCAUGCUCUAUUGCCGCAACUGCAGCCCUCGCAGCAAUAUGCCAGACAGACUUCUACCCCUUCGAGACUUCGUCACUGUCUGGGACCGGGAAGCCUGGUAUGAAAUUUUGAAACAAGGAAUGGACCGUCUUUGCACGCAGUGCCGAAGCCCAGAGUCAGGAAAGCAGCCUCCAACACCAACAGAUGCACCAGAUGCAUGUAUUUUGAUACAAUGCGAAUUUCCUGCCAGUCUAUUUCGUAUCACCGGAACAGAGCUCAGCUUCGCCAACGGCAAGAGC